GAUGAGCAGAAAGCAAAAAAAGACGGUCACCUCUUCCCGGGAAGAGGUGCUCCUGAGAGCACUGAAGGACCUGGGAGACAACGAAUUAAAAGAGUUCAAGUGGUACCUGCAGAAGCCUGAGGUCCUGGGUCGCUUCCCAAUCAUCCCAAGGAGUCGGCUCGAUAAAGCCGACAGGACGGACACGGUGGAUCAGAUGCUGCAGACCUACUGUGAACACACUCUGGAGGUGACCAAAAAGGUUUUGAGGAAGCUUGAUCGACCGGAUCUUGUGAAGAUUUUGAUAGAUCCAAGGAACGGAGCGGUUGUAGAGGCUGCACCUGAGUGCCAGAAACCUCUCAAAUCCAGCCUGAUAAAAAAGUUCCAGUGUUCUGCAGAAAAAGUAAAAAAAGGAGGAAAAUCUAAGGAUCAAGACGAAACCUACACAGAACUCGACCUGGUGAUAGAGAAGAGCAACGAGAUCAGUAAGGAACACGAUGUCCAACAGAUUGAAGCAGCAUCCAGGAAACCAGUCAGACCAGACAAAACCAUCAGAUACCAAGACGUCUUCAAGCUUCCGCCUGGAAGAGAUAGACCAGUCAGAACAGUGAUGACGAAGGGAGUGGCUGGCAUUGGGAAAACUGUCUUAACACAGAAGUUCACUCUGGACUGGGCUGAAGACAAAGCCAACCAGGACAUCCAGUUCACAUUUCCACUGACUUUCAGAGAGCUGAAUGUGCUGAAAGAGAAGAAGUUCAGCUUGGUGGAACUUGUUCAUCACUUCUUUACUGAAACCAAAGAAAUCUGCAGCUUUGAAGAGUUCCAGGUUGUCUUCAUCUUUGAUGGUCUGGAUGAGAGUCGACUUCCUCUGGACUUCCACAACAAUGAGACCCUGACUGAUGUUACACAGUCCACCUCUCUGGAUGUGCUGCUGACUAACCUCAUCAGGGGGAAUCUUCUUCCCUCUGCUCGCCUCUGGAUAACCACACGACCUGCAGCAGCCAAUCAGAUCCCUCCUGACUGUGUUGACGCGGUAACAGAGGUCAGAGGGUUUAACGAAUCUCAGAAACUAGACUACUUCAGGAAGGUGUAUCGAGAUGAGAAGCUUGUCAGAAAAAUCACUUCUUACAUCAAGACAUCACAAAGCCUCCAGAUCAUGUGCCACAUCCCCGUCUUCUGCUGGAUCACGGCUACAGUUCUGGAGGAUAUGUUGGAAACCAGAGAAGACGGAGAGCUGCCCAAGACCAUGACUGAGCUCUACAUCUACUACUUGGUGAUUCAGUCCAAGCUGAAGGGAGGAAUUGAUUCGGAACCACAGUGGAAUCAACCAUGCAAGGAGAAGAUUCUCAUUCUGGGAAAACUGGCUUUUGAGCAGCUGCAGAAAGGAAACCUGAUCUUCUACAAAUCAGAUCUGACAGAUUGUGACAUCAGUGCUAGAUCAGUCUCAGUGAUCACAGGCAUGUUCACUGAGAUCUUUAAAGAAGAGACUGGGCCCCACCAGGACAAGGUGUUCUGCUUCAUCCACUCAAGUGUUCAGGAGUUUCUGGCUGCUCUUUAUGUUCACCUGACCUUCGUCAACUCUGACAACAAUGUGCUUGAAGAACAGCAAGGGAAUUCCUGGAUGGCCAAAAUAUCAAGACGUAAAUCUAAUCUCCACCAGACCGCAGUGGACAAGGCCACAUACAGUCCAAACGGACACCUGGACUUGUUCCUCCGCUUCCUUUUGGGGCUGUCAUCACCCACCUGUCAGACUCUCCUAAAAGGCCUGCAGACACAGACAGCUGGCCCACAGUCCAAUCAGGAAACAAUCAAAUACAUCAAGGAAAGGCUCGACAGUCAUCUGUCUGCAGAGAGGAGCAUCAAUCUGUUCCACUGUCUGAAUGAACUGAAUGACCGUUCUCUGGUGGAGGAGAUCCAACAGUCCGUGCGUUCAGGACGUCUCUCCACAGAGAAGCUGUCUCCUGCUCAGUGGUCAGCUCUGGUCUUCAUCUUACUGUCAUCAGAAAAAGAUCUGGAGGCGUUUGACCUGAAGAAAUACUCUGCUUCAGAGGAGGGUUUUCUGAAGCUGCUGCCGGUGGUCAAAACUGCAAAGAGAGCUCUUUUGAGUUCUUGUAAUCUCUCAGAGAGAAGUCUUGAAGCUCUGUCCUCAAUUCUCAGCUCUCAGUCCUCCAGUAUGACAGAACUGGACCUGAGCAACAACAAACUGGAGGAUUCAGGAGUGAAGAAACUGUCUGCUGUGCUGGAGAGUCCAAACUGUCCGCUUGACAUUCUCAGGCUUUCUAGCUGUAAGUUGUCAUGGAGAAGCUGUGACAGUCUGGCAUCAGUUAUCAGUGCCCAGUCCUCCAAUCUCAAAGAGCUGGAUGUCAGCAACAACGACUUUCAGGAUGCAGGAGUGCAGCUUUUAUCUGCUGGCCUGGAGAAUCGAAACUGCACCCUGGAAACUCUCAGGCUGUCAGGCUGCCAGGUAACAGAAGAGGGUUGUUCCUCUCUGGCCUCAGCUCUGAUGGCGAACCCCUCGCAUCUGAAAGAGCUGGACCUGAGCUACAACCAUCCUGGAGACUCAGGAAAGAGGAUGCUGUCAGGUGGAGUGAAGGAUCGCCAGUGCCGACUGGAAACUCUCAUAGUGGACAAUUGUGGAGAAGAGCGGCUACAAGAUGGUCUGAAGAAGUAUGCCUGUCAGCUUGAAAUAGACCUGAACACAGCUCACAGAAACCUGAAACUGUCUGAUGAUGGCAAGAAGUUGACCGUGGUGAGAGAAGAGCAGCCAUAUCCAGAUCAUCCAGAUCGCUUCGACCACUGCUGCUGGCAGGUGCUGUGUAAAAACGGUGUGACUGGGCGUAGUUACUGGGAGGUGGAGAGGGAGGGAUGUGUUGUCAUAGCGGUGAGCUACAAAAGAAUCAGCAGGAAGGGAAGCAGUGCAGACUGCAGGCUCGGCUGGAACGAUCAGUGCUGGAGUCUCAUCUGCACUGAAAAUAAUUACACCUUCUGGCACAAUAAGAGGGAAAAGGUGGUCCCUUUCCCAUACCCACAUCCUGAGUCCAGAAGGGUGGCGGUGUACGUGGACUGUCCUGCUGGGACCGUGUCCUUCUACAGAGUCGCCGCCGACACUCUGACACACCUUCACACCUUCUCCACCACAUUCACUGGCCCUGUCUUCCCUGCCUUUGGGUUUGGGUUUGGGUACUGGUCAUAUGGGGCUUCGGUCUCUCUGUGUGAGCCGUAGCAUCUCCACCAGCUGAUGGUCAAACUACCACCGCUGUUUUAAUAAGAAUACUGAAGGUAACCAAGUCAAGCAGCAGUUUAAACCAUUUUCUUGUGAUUGUACUGUAGCUGCGUCUCGAUUUGCUUUGUUUUGAUGCUUUUUUUUGUGUGUUGAGUCACAUGGUGUGGAGGGAUCAGUUACUUAUAUCAGGUCUAAUCAGAUGGAUGAAUUCGAAUCAUUGGGUGCUGUUUUCAAAUGUGAUUUUUUUGUUUGUGAUGUUAUUUGAUGUUUCUUGUUAUGAAAGAAUGUGCAAAUCAGAAAUAACGAGGAUCAGUGCUGUUUUAUGUUAAUGUGCAUUUAAUCCAUCAAGAUCUAAAACUUCUUUUAAUAAUUCUUCUCAUAGCUGAAGAACGUUUGAAGACAGACGUCUAAAAGCUGACAAUAUUUCCAGAGUCUGAGACAAACAGAAACAAGAAAUCAGAAAGCAGAGUUUAAACCUUCGUAUUUAUUGUAAAUUAAUCCCUUUAACCAUGUGUAUGGAAGCUGAAAGCGGCCUUUAUCGGCUCUUUUCUUUUUUAAUCGUUAUCUCAAAAUAACAAGCUAAUUUUCUUGUUAUCUGGAGAUAAUGAGGACUGUUUUCUCACGAUAAAGGGAUAAUAUAUCUCUUUAUCUUGAGAAAACAGUUUGUUUUCUCGACACUGACAGCCCUGCAGAUGCUUCAGUGCCAAACUGCUGCAUCCAAACAUGAAGGAGUGCUUGGAGGUCUGUGAUUCUCAGUAGACCACAAACACACUCAGUAAAAUCCAAUAUAUAUUUUUUAAUGCACAUACUUAAAUGUUUUAUAAUUCUCAUAUAUAAACAACCAGUAGGUUUCUGGAGGGAACCUGUGUGGAGUUGGUAUGUUCUCCCCGUGUAUGCAUGGGUUCUCUCCCCGCUUCCUCCCGCAGUCCAAAGACUGAGCUUUCUCAUUAGGAGGGACUGCGAGUCUGGUUGAAGGUUUGUCUCUCUGUGGUGGCUCUGUGAUGGACCAGGAGCAGCUCCAGCCUUCUGGCAACUCUGCAUUUGAAUAAUCCGUCAUAACGAGAGAAAAUUGUCCCGUUAUCACGAGAAAAUUGUGUUUAAAAAAAACCUGCAUGUACGGUUGCUCUCAGCUUCGGCUUUGGGCCCAUUGCAGGGAGGCCACGUUGUGUAAAUUUUGCCCUAACCAGGUGAUUUGCUGGUUGAAACCAACCAGGAAGUAACAAACAUGUUGCAGUAAAGAGUGGCGCUGUUAUUGUGUGUCAAGUUUUUUUUGCCAGAAAUAACGAUGUGACCUCAUUUUUCUGAGAGGAGAACUCUACUUUGCAGAGGACCCAAGAUUCCAGAUUUAAAGAUUUUAUUAAAUUUCUCUCUAAUAUGUUUUUUAUCCACCAAGUUUCUAGUGUAAAUAGUACUGAGUUGUUAUUGAUUAAUUACGUUGUUAAGGGGUGGUUGUUUGUGAAAUUUAAUAUCAUGUUCACCAAAACUAGCAGCUGUUUUCAUGGUGCACAUUUUUACAAUCACUUUGUAAUUUCUAGUUUUAUACGGCAUAAUUGUAGAUGCUCACAAAUCGGCUAUUUUGGAGGCAUCUACUCUGAGUUGGUGCAGUGGGAAUGCCAACGGCCUGGUGAUGACAUCUAGUUUCAGGUACGGAUCAUUAAUGACUGACUGUUGUGUGAUCAAGGUGUCGAGACAGUGUUGAUGGUGCUUCUCAUUCUGACGACUUUGCGGUUUGUUGAAGGAAAUUUUUGAUUUAGAAAUAUCUGUAUGAGUCGUAUUUCCCUCCUGCGGCCUGUAGCCGAGGAGGUUUGGAGGAUGUUGUUUAUUAUUAUUAUAUUUAGGGGUUUGAACAAAUAAUACAUGAAGUCAUUUUGAUUGGAAAACUUGUCCACUUGCAUGUCUUAUGAAACCAGGCUUAUCAGUGUCUGUUUGCUAACUUUUUUUCUUUUAUUGAUGUAAUUGUGAUGCAAGACUGGGUCCAGUUUGAACUUACCUUAAAGGUCUGGUAACAGUCCAUUACAGCACUGCUAUAGACUGAAAAAAGAAAAGGAAAGAAAAAAAAAUCAUAACAUUUAAGAGAUAAUUUGUUUUGCUGAUUGGAAGAUUUAACUUUGUGCGUUGCGGGGAAACUUUCUGAAGGGAGAAGUUUUAUAUUUAAACAUGCUUUAUCAGAGAAAACAACAUGGUCUGAGUUGUGAAUGGUCUUUUUCAGCUACUAAAAUACGUUUUUUCUUUAAAUAUUAGGUUAAAUCAACCAUUAAUAUCCGUGUACCUGGCAGCACUUUGAGGUUUCUGCACAGCUUUCCAGACUGGUUUUGUUUUACUGCUGAUUAUCAUGUUCCACAUGUUGCUGGCCACUCCUCAGACACCAGCUCAUCACUGUGUUUCGUCCAAUCAAAGUUAAUCCUGAAACAAAAUGCCCUCAUGUAUUUGGGCUCAUAUGAGUUGGACUUUGAGGAAGAAAAUCUCAGCGGUUCAACCUGCAGCAGAAAAUAAUUCAGGUUCAUUCUGUAAGUUGUGUUCUACAAAUAAGCAUCCAAGUCUGUUCAGACAAAACUUUAAACUUUUUUUGUUUUAAUCCACUCAUUUACUCAUUUGUUGGAUUCUUAUUAUUAUUUUGCCCUCUGUAAAUGUCUGGGUUUUUGACAGAGGUGUUCUGAAAUUACUUGUGUACAUCUUUGAUAAUAAAGUGAAAACUGGUGAAAUAAAU